AAAACUUAAAUAUUUGGCGGGACAAGAACACCGCGACAGGAAAGUCUCCCAUCUGUAAAGAAGAAUUCAGUGAAGGCGGACUGAAACUCAACAUACUGACUUCAGCAGAGAAAUUUUCUAAAAUGGCGGAGAAAAUCGCGCUUUUUGAAAGUUACCUGAGCUGCCAUGUUUGUUCAGAGACUUUCAGAGAUCCUGUGUCUCUGAGCUGCAACCACAGCUUCUGUUCAAGAUGCCUGAAGGAAUUCUGGGAAAAUACUGGAAACAAGAACUGUCCCAUCUGUAAACGAUCGUCAAAGGAGCAUCCGUCCAUCAACUUCUCCCUCAAAAAACUCGCUGAUUCAUUUACUGACAAGCAGAAUGCAGCUUCAACUGAGGUGGAAAAAGAGAAAAAGAAGAAGAAAGAGGAGGUGGUGUGUGAGAAACACUCCGAGGUUCCUUAUUGGUUCUGUAAAGAYGAGCAGAGAGCUGUGUGUCCUGUCUGUGAGUUUUCUCUCCACCAGAGUCACAAAGUGGUUCCUAUAGAAGAAGCAGUCAGUGAGCUGAAGGAGCAGCUGAAAUCUGACUUAAAGUCUCUGCAGGACAAGAGGAACAAACACAAACAAGUGGAGAAAACAUACGAUGAUGUGAUUCAACACUCCAAGGAGCAGGUGUUGUCCACAGAGAGACAGAUCAGAGCAGAGUUCAACAAGCUCCACCAGUUCCUGAGAGAGGAAGAGGAGUCCAGACUGGCAGCUCUGAGGGAGGAAGAGGAGCAGAAGAGGAAGACYAUCAUGRGAGAGAUGAAGARGAYUGAGGAGCAGAUCUCCUCUCUGUCAGACAGCAUCUCUGCUGUUGAAGAAGAGCUGCAGAAAGACAUUGUGUCGUUCCUCAGCAGUUAUGAAGCCACUCAGAGCAGAGCCAGAGGUCAGAGGUCACUGCCAGACCCACAGCUGGUCUCAGGAGCUCUGAUAGAUGUGGCCAAACACCUGGGCAACCUGUCCUUCAGAGUCUGGGAGAAGAUGAAGGACAAGGUCCACUUCAGUCCCAUCAUUCUGGACCCAAACACUUCAAGUGGACGACUCCAUCUGUCUGAUGAUCUGACCAGUGUGAGACGUGGAGACACAUGGCAGCAGCUUCCUGAUAAUCCAGAGAGAAACACUAAAUACUGGAAUGUUUUUGGUUCUGAAGGCUUCAGCUCAGGGAAACACAGCUGGGAUGUGGAGGUGGGAGAUCAUCCUGACUGGAUAGUGGGUUUGGUUAAAGAGUCUGUUGACAGGAAGGGAGAGACGAAUGCUACACCAGAAAAUGGAAUCUGGUGUUUAUGGCAUCGUAAUGGAAAAUACACUAAUGGUGAUGGAGAGACUCUCCCAGUGAAGAAGAGUCUCCAGAGGAUCAGAGUGCAGCUGGACUAUGACAUGGGGACGGUUUCCUUCUACGACUCUGAAGACAUGACUCUCAUCUACACUCACAGAGACACUUUCACUGAGAAACUCUUCUUAUGUUUCAAUAUAGGAGCAGCAGGUGAUGCCAAAACAUCUGAGAUCAAAAUAUGUGAAACUAAGAUUCUGAUUCAAUGAAUGUGACUCAAAUUAUUGAUGGACAGUGAAGUUGCAAACUGUGUUUGCUUAAG